GAAACGUCGAUCGACUGGUGUAAGUCGUCAGACAAUAAUUAGUCUGAGUAACGACUAAAAUAACAACUGGUGGAUUAAUUCAUCUCAUUGUUUAUUAUUAUUUACAUUCAUCGAUUAUUGAUUAAUUAACAAAAUAUUUUAAUCCACUAAUUUGAUGGUUUAAAAGUAAUCAGCUGUCGGAUUUGUAAAACGUGGUGUUCUUUGUGUUUGAUCGUUAACGAUCGGUGGACAAAAGAUCCGACAUAACUUGACUGGUGAAUGGCUGGCAAGAGGGGCUAGAAGGCCCUAGAAUUUAUCAAGUCGCACGUGCGAUUAAACAGCCCGUAACCGAUGAGUGUUAGGUUGACAGGAGGUCAUAUGGUGAAGCAGAGGCGGUUUAUUGGUAACACUAACAACAAAAUGAUAAAUAUACGAGAAAAUCUAUUAGGAAUGAUUUAGACAAUUAGCUCUAAUGGUAUAUGAAUAAUUGUUACUAAUAUCCUGAAAAAAUAAGGAAUUUUUGACAGUAGUCGCACAAUUGAAGACCUUCAUUUUUAUACUCACACGUUUUUAUCGGUGCACGUGGAAGUAAAUUGCCACUGGAGGCAAGUAUUGAAGAUUUUCAAAUAAAAGGGUGCUAACGUCGUAAAUUUAACUGACAAAAAUUUUAAUCAACGAGAAAUACUUCCUGGUGAUUUGGAAGAGCAGUUAAUUUUUUGUUACAGAUUAUGAGAGUAUAAAUAUUUAAAUGUACAUAAUGCUCAACGGAAGUUUAUAAAUACAAAUGUAUAUGAUAAGAAUUUGUGGAUAGAUAUAUGUAAAAAUAUAUAAGUACAUAUUAUACUUGUGAUUGAUUUUUGUGAUCUGGAAUAUCAGAAGGAAGCUUCUAGAUUAUUUAACGUUAUAAAGUUUUUAGGUACACGAGACUGGAUAGAUUAAAACAAGAGAAGUUUGUUAAGCCAAAGGAAUUAAGUGAUAUACAAAUAUAACUCAGUAUUUAAUAGAAGAUUUUGUUCAUUGGAGUUUUAGAGGAUUUAUUUAUAAAUACAAACAAGUCUACCAGAAUAUUUAAUUUAAUUGUAGAUAGAUAGCGAAACGUACAAAUAUUGGAUGCUAAAUCCAUCGGAUUUUUUUAUUUCUUCUUUCGCUUGUUUGCCGUCCAGGCAGUGUUUCGUCAUAAUGAGUUGUUAACUGAGAAUGCGCGAUGACGCAGCGAAUUUACCAGUGGUCCACGAACCCUCUCGAGGGGGCCCCCCAGAGUAUCCAAAUGGAGCCUCCCAAGACAAAGUCGAAUCAUCAAGAAAAAAUCCCCUUGAGGUACACACAACAAGACAAGGAGAAGGAUAAACAGGAAACAGAAUGUAUACUGGAUGAUGAUAAUGAACCAAUUGAAUUUGUUCCACCGCAAACAAAGGAGGAGGAUAAGCCACCCCCAGAGGCGCCAUCCUUACCACCCAUCCCUUAUUACAAACUCUUUCGAUUUGCGACAUUCGGAGAGUUGAUGUACGUCUUUGCUGGCCUCUUCAUGGGCACCAUGACGGGCCUGUGUAUUCCAGUAGCAAAUAUUCAGUAUGGUGAGUUCACAACUCUUCUGGUGGAUCGUAACAUGACGAAUCAGACCAGCACGCCUACUUUUGUCAUGGAGAUGUUUGGUGGUGGAAAGAUUUUAGGACCUAAUGCAUCAAAAGAAGAAAGAAUGAAUGCGUUGUACGACGAUUCAGUGGCCUUCGGAGUGUCUUGUGCAGCUUUGUCGACCCUUCAAUUUAUCUUUGCAAUAUUCACAGUAGAUCUGCUGAAUGUCGCAGCGUUCCGUCAAAUUCACAGGAUCCGUCGCAUGUUUUUGCAAGCUGUUUUGAGACAGGACAUGUCCUGGUACGAUACCAACACUUCGACGAAUUUCGCUAGCAGGAUAACCGAGGAUUUAGAUAAGAUGAAAGAAGGAAUGGGAGAAAAAUUGGGAGUAUUCACGUAUCUGACGGUUUCAUUCGUGUCAUCUAUAAUAGUGUCCUUCUACUACGGAUGGAAGCUGACCCUGGUAGUCCUGAGUUGCGCUCCAGUAAUUGUAAUUGCCACUGCGAUCGUAGCCAAGGUUCAAAGCUCGCUAACUGCCUUGGAAUUGACGGCUUACGGUCAGGCAGGUAGCGUAGCUGAAGAGGUUCUUGGUGCGAUUCGUACAGUAGUGGCAUUUGGAGGUGAAAAAGUAGAGGUCAAUCGUUACACUGCUAAGCUAGUGCCUGCCGAGAAGACGGGUAUUAAACGUGGAAUGUGGUCCGGAGUGGGUGGAGGUAUUAUGUGGUUCAUCAUCUACCUGAGUUACGCGGUUGCCUUCUGGUACGGAGUGCAGCUCAUUCUUGAAGAUCGUCCGAAGCUUGAAAAAGAGUACACACCAGCAGUCCUGGUAAUUGUCUUCUUUGGAGUGCUCGCUGGCGCCCAAAAUAUGGGAUUGACUUCACCACAUCUUGAAGCUUUCGCAGUGGCUCGCGGAUCCGCGGCUACGGUUUUUCAAGUCAUCGACCGGGUGCCCACUAUCGACAGUCUUAGUACACAAGGGCAGAAGCUUUCUGCUGUUAACGGGGAUAUUGAAUUCAAGGAUGUGUACUUUAAGUAUCCAGCGCGUAAGGAUGUUAAAGUCCUGCAGGGGUUGAAUUUGAAAAUCAAAAGCGGAGAAACAGUCGCACUUGUGGGUGGAUCUGGAUGUGGUAAAUCGACCUGUCUCCAACUUAUUCAACGACUCUAUGAUCCUCUUCAGGGUCAGGUGCUGCUAGACGGAGUUGACAUAGCCAAACUUAAUGUCGGAUGGAUGCGGUCGUACAUCGGCGUAGUCGGGCAAGAACCAGUGCUUUUUGAUACAACCAUAAGAGAGAACAUCCGCUACGGAAAUGAUAAUGUCACUGAAGAGGAGAUGAUCAAAGCUGCUAAGGAAGCUAAUGCUCAUGACUUCAUUAGCAAAUUACCGGAGGGUUACGACAGUCCUGUAGGUGAGCGCGGCUCACAAUUAUCAGGUGGACAAAAGCAAAGAAUAGCCAUAGCCCGGGCAUUAGUGCGUAAGCCCAAAAUUUUGAUUCUGGAUGAAGCGACAUCUGCUUUAGAUCUUCACAGCGAAGCGACCGUACAACGUGCACUUGAUGCGGCUGCCAAAGGCAGAACUACUGUUGUUGUUACUCAUCGGUUAUCAACGAUCACCAAUGCCGAUAGGAUCGUCUUCAUCAAGGAUGGACAGGUUGCUGAAAUGGGAACACACGAGGAAUUACUUGCGUUGGGAAAUCAUUAUUACGGAUUAGUUUCUGCUGAUGCCAGUACGACUGCUAAAGCUAAAGCAACAGCAACCGUAGCAAAAAGUACAGUAGCAGCCGUUCCAAAAGCCAAACCACCAUUAAAGAAACAAUUUUCAACGUUGUCAAUGCAUUCGCAUCGUCUGUCACUUGCCGGCGCGUCUACAACAUCCGAAGAGGAACUCGACGAACAUGAGAAACCCUACGACGCUCCGAUGAGAAGAAUUUUCGGGCUGAACAAACAAGAGUGGCUCUUCAAUUUGAUUGGUUGUCUAGCCGCAGCAACAGUUGGCGCCUCAUUUCCAGCAUUCGCGAUGUUAUUUGGUGACGUCUACUACGUACUGGGUCUGGAAAACCCGGACGAAGUUCGUGAGAAGACGAUAACUUUCUCAAUCUACUUUGGAAUAGUCGGAGUGGUAACCGGAAUAGGAACUUUCCUGCAAAUGUACAUGUUUGGAUUGGCAGGAGUGAGGAUGACCGCACGAAUUCGUAAAAUGACAUUCACAGCGAUGCUGAAACAAGAAAUGGGGUGGUACGACGAGGACACCAAUAGCGUGGGAGCAUUGUGUGCUCGGUUAUCAUCAGACGCGGCUGCUGUCCAAGGAGCAACUGGGAGUCGUAUUGGUGCUAUUCUGCAAGCGAUGUCGACUUUGGUGCUGGGAAUCGGUCUGUCGAUGUACUAUUCGCGAGAAAUGACUUUAGUGUCGGUGGUUUCGAUACCACUGGUACUUGGAGCAGUAUUUUUUGAGGCGCGUAUAAUGGGCGGACAAGGGAUGCAAGAGAAGAAGAAAAUGGAAUGCGCAACGCGAAUAGCGGUCGAAGCUAUUUCGAAUAUUCGGACUGUUGCGAGUUUGGGAAAGGAGAAGGCCUUCCUAGAGCGAUACUGCGUUGAGCUAAAUCACGUUGCCAAAGCCACCAGAAUAAAGAACCGUUUGCGAGGUCUGGUCUUCUCUUGCGGACAAACCAUCCCCUACUUUGGAUACGCUCUUAGUCUCUAUUAUGGUGGUUAUCUCGCGGCCAGAAAGGAUUUACCCUAUCAAGACGUGAUAAAGGUUUCAGAGGCGCUGAUCUUCGGGUCCUGGAUGCUUGGUCAGGCGCUUGCCUUUGCUCCAAACUUCAACACUGCCAAGAUAUCUGCCGGGAGAAUAUUCCGCCUGCUGGACCGAGUACCCGAAAUCUUAACUCCGCCGGAGAUGGAGGGCAAAGAUUUGGACUGGAAGGCUGACGGCUUGAUACAGUUUUCGAAAGUUGAAUUCCAUUACCCGACGCGAACGGAGCAACAGAUCCUUCGUGGUCUGAAUUUGAUCGUAAAGCCGGGGCAGAUGGUUGCGCUGGUGGGUCAAAGUGGAUGUGGUAAAUCAACUUGCAUUCAAUUACUUCAACGUUUGUACGACCCGCUUACUGGAAGCGUUACAAUAGAUCGCCGGGAUAUCACAUCCGUAUCUCUGUCCGCUCUGCGUGCGCAGUUCGGUGUUGUAGGUCAAGAACCAGUCCUCUUUGAUCGGACUAUCGCUGAGAAUAUUAUGUAUGGUGAUAACAAUCGGGUUGUUACCAUGGAUGAAGUUAUUGAAGCUGCCAAGAAAUCUAAUAUUCACAGUUUUAUCAGCUCUCUACCUUUGGGUUACGAUACAAGACUCGGUAGCAAAGGAACCCAGCUCUCUGGUGGUCAGAAACAACGUAUUGCAAUCGCACGUGCCUUGGUCCGAAAUCCAAGAAUCCUGCUGCUUGAUGAAGCCACUUCCGCCCUCGACACGCAGAGUGAAAAGGUCGUCCAAGCAGCCCUGGACAAAGCUAUGGAGGGUAGAACUUGUAUCACCAUCGCGCAUCGUCUGGCGACCAUAAAGAACGCGGACGUGAUUUGCGUCCUGGAGAAGGGAAUGGUCGCUGAAAUGGGAACUCACGAUGACUUAAUCGCUGCAGAUGGUCUCUACGCUCACCUCCACGCCCUCCAAGAAGCUGCCAUGGAGUAAACCUCCAAGUUCUCGCGCUCCAGUACAAUACCAGUUUGAAUUUC